AUGAACCGACACAAGUUUAAGUUUUUCUGGCCAAAACAUAUUUUUGAACCCACGAACCAGGGGGGCAGUACAGACACACCCUCGACAGAGGAAGAUCUCAUGAAGACCACAGAACCAGCGAUCCCGGUACAACCCGAGAAAGCGCCAGAGCCAAUAGAACCGCAAGAAGCUGCUCCAGAACCACAAGAAGUUGCGCCGGAGGAAAAGGAGACCACUACUGCGACAGAGGAACUGGUUACGGAACCUACAUAUACGCAAGAAGAGAUCAAAGGAGCGGUAGAAUCAAAACAAACAGAGCCACAACAAGAGAAUACCGCCACAGGAGGAGAAGCCGCUGCUGAGGAAUUGGUGGCUACUGAAGAGGAGAAAGCCUCUGAGACUGCAUCGACUGAAGCGGGCGAAGCCACGGCUGCGGCGGAAACCACUGCAACGGCUGAUUCAUCAGACGCACCUGCCAUAGAUGUGGACUAUCUCGUGUGCAAGAACCCAAUUCUGGACACCAACAAAUUCAGGGAUGGGAAGGUGAUCUCAACAGAGAAGUGGAAAGUAGUUCAAGCGAAUGUGCUUCAAAGGCACUUUGACCGAUGGAUGUACGCCCAUGAUAUCCUGGACAACAAAUGCUGGCCUCACCAACUGAACUCCACGCAGGACACCAUGGAACAUCAAUGUGAAGACACUGAGCGCAGUUCUAUCUGGAAUACCAAGGACUUUAUUGGCGAUCCAUAUGCAGCUCCAGAGAAAGGCUAUUGCAAUGCAAAGCAGCUGACACUGCAAGGUGCCACCCAUGCCGAGAAACUGGGCGGUAUGCUGAAACACGCCUAUCUGAAUACGGAUACGGAAAGCACAGGCACACCCCUGUUUGAGGGUCUAUGUACACCUGAGACAGUCUCCUUGUCCAGCGAAGAUGCACUGAAGAACCAGCUGACACUGCAGAGUGUGUACAAAGGCCUCUGUGGCGAUUUGCCGACGGUGGAGGCGUAUCCUGCGGCCAAGGUGAUAUCCGACGGAACCCCUAAGCGCAGCACGCCGUUCCACAUCUACCCAAAAAUCUGCAAUGGUACUCAGCUCGCGCGCCUCAACAAGUUAGGGCAGGAGGUGAAGACGACGUCUGCCAUGUGGGGCGAGAUCUCAGAUGUGGCCAAGCAGGUGGCUACCAUUGCGGACCACACGAAGACAGUCGAAUCAGACACGGAGCGGUCGGCAGAGCUACUGGAUGCCGUGUAUGACUGCAUGGUGUCACAUGCGUGUCAUGGCCUCGGGGACACGCCCGAGCAAUUGGCCAACCUCCACACAGCAAAUGCCAUAGAUGAAUAUGAGACUAAGUCGCGGACGUUCACAUUUACAUAUCUGAAGGAACAAAACCAGACAGAACUCGAACUCUACAGGAAACUCACGUUUGGCUACUACUUCAGAUUUCUGAUGGAUAAAAUGAUGGAUGUAACUGAGAAAGCCAAAGGACCCAAACUAUCAAUCGAGGUGGUUGCAGAUUCCACUCUCACGACUGUCUUGGCUAUGCUGAGCGCUAGGGAUUCAAAGACACAUGAACACCGCCCACCAUGGGGAAGCACCAUAGUCUUUGAAGUGUAUCAGAGUGUUGAUACUUCAGCAGAGGCUGUCAGCGACGAGGGCACCAACGUGGUGAAAGAAUAUGCCGUGGGGGUGACCUACAACGGCAACUUGCUCGAUGUCUGUGAACCCAACGAUAACGCAGACUUACCCGAUGGUGCAUGCACAUGGCAACAAUGGAUGGAAUUGGUAGAGGUACUCAGCCCUUCGCCAGAGGAAUGUCCCACCUUCUACAUAUACUAUGGGAAAGUACAGUGAAAGGUAUAGUGGUCAUCGACCAGCAAGAAGACAAGCCCAUGUUGGGAGCUUGUACAUAUGAGGAGACAAAGCAAUGCAUAUAUCAAUAAAUUUAGUAAGGAGCACAUGCGGGACGGUCAUUUGCUGAAACC